UAUGUAGAUCAGGUGGCUUCUUCGCGUGCGAUCCUGGCGGAGGCAUCGGAGACAUUUUUUUUUUGGUUUUCGAAAGAACUCGAGCAAACCGAUCACAGAAGAGUGAGAGAGAGAGACACACAUAUAUGAAACCAUUUGGCUAAGAUAGUGGUUGGCUGGCGUGAGCCCCGAUAGUGGGGCUAAGUUCGUAGCAUCAUCCCAUACGGAUUUACGGCUGCUAAACGAUCGAAAAAGUGUAGAUAUGUGUGGAUUUUUGGUGCUAUUGUUGUUCAGCUCAGGUUCAUUCUUGUAUGUGGCGUGUAUGGGGGCUUCGGUCAUUUUAUCUGGUUUGAUGAUGCGCAUAUGUGUUGGUCCACCGUUUCGCCUGAUGCAGGAUGGAUGGGUAGCGGACCCCGUGAGGGGAAAGGUUGAUGGGAAGCAGAAUCUUCGCUCAACCGUUUCGGAGCACAGAUUCGGCUAAAUCGUACUAUAAAAGCUACGCGUGCGCGAAGAUGCUACAACAUUAGUUCUUCUGCUUUCGGCACAGUCUAAGCCUAGAAAGGAGAACGAGCAGUGAAAGUGCAAAUUCGCUCGAGUUUGUCUUCAACAAUCAUAUCACCGUCAGAAACAAAACAAACUUUUUCAACGAUGAAGUGUGUUGCAUUGUUGGCAUUGGCCAUGUUUGGCUGCGCUCUGGCCCAGGCUCCCGUCCCGAACGAUGGCCGUUACUAUCCGGAGUACUACGAGACGAAGUGGGAUGAUGGUCGCUGGCGUCCGGACGGUCGCGGCAGGUACGACGAUGGCCAGUACCGACCGGGCAGCCCUGGUAAGGUAGGCGGAUUGGGCAAUUUCGGUGGUACUGGCGGUGCUGGUGGAUUCGGCGGUGCUGGUGGAUUUGGCGGUGCUGGUGGAUUCGGCGGUGCCGGUGGAUUCGGUGGUGCUGGUGGAUUUGGCGGUGCUGGUGGAUUUUCCGGUGCUGGCGGUGCUGGUGGAUUCGGUGGUGCUAGUGCAUUCAGUGCUAGUGCUAGUGGAUUGAAAAGUGCAGGCGCUUCUGGCAGUAUCGGUCCUAUUUAUUCAAGAUUGCUUGGUGGAGUUCGUGUGGAGGUUGGUGGAGCUGAUUUUAAGGUCAGCCCUGGUAAGGCAGGCAAAUCGGUCGGAUUAGGUGGUGCUGGAGGUACUGGAGGUGCUGGCGGUUUCGAUAAAGUUAGAAAUCGUUUAAUUAAUGCACCUCCAUCAAGCAAAUCGGUCGGUUUCAGUGGUUAUACUGGAGCUAGUCGUUACGGUGGAGCUGGUGGAUUCGGUGGAUUCGGUGGUGCUGGUGGAUUCGGUUAUGCUGGUGGAUUCGGUGGUGCUGGCGGUUCUGGCGGUUUCAGUGCUACUAGUGGAGCUGGUGGUUUCAGUUUUACUAGUGCAGCUGGUGGUGCUGGAGGUAGCCGAUUCGGUGCUGGAUCGGGCAGUUUUAACGCUGGUGCGGAUGGAUUCGGAUAUGAAGAGAUUAAGGAGCAGGUGAAAGAGUUCAACGAUGAUGGAUACUACUACAAAUACGUUAACGAGAACAACAUUGAGGCCGCGGAAACGGGCAAGAUCGAUGACCGCAACACCGAGUACGAGACGCUCCGUGCCAAGGGUUACUACGAGUACGUCGGCGAUGAUGGCCAGAAGUAUCGCGUUGACUACGUGGCCGAUGAGAACGGAUUCCAGCCACAGGGUGCCCAUCUGCCAACGCCACCACCGACGCCAGAACCGAUCGCACGUGCGCUCCAGUACAUCGCGAGCCAGCAGCGAAAGUAAAAUGGGAAACGGAGUGAGUGGAGGCGCAUCGAGCGACCAGUAGCAGGAAGGUCAGGAUUGAGAAACAAGUCAAGUGAAGUCAUAUUGGGGACACACAUCAACGACACCGUGUGUGGUUCCCGCAAAAAAAAGGGUGCAACAAACUUUUUUUCUCCAACGAUCGCACACAUCGAUCGAUGCCACAAAUGAACUGUGUUCUAUUGUAAAUUAUUAGUUUUCAACACCAAAUAAACGAACCGUUAAGUGAAAAUAUUAACUACU